AUGCUGGUUGUAUUGGUGAUCUUCAACCAGGGAGAAGCCAACUUGAACACCUUCAACCCGCAGAUGGCCCCCAACCCUUUGCUCCGCUAUGAGGAGGUCAGUGUGAAGAAUUCUAUUCCGAGAACUUUCAAAAGUACGGCUUACAUUUUGGAAAGAAAGUGAUAGUAUUUUUAGCGUGUCAUAGUCCACAUAUAGAAUAAAAUGUAAUACGAUUUGAAGAAACAAAUUUAAUCCAAUAAAUCAUCAAAUGAAAACUAGUAGAAACUAAAAUCUUUUGUUUCAGUCAUGCUGGUUGGUAUGGUGAUCUUCAACCAGGGAGGGGCCAACUUGAACACCUUCAACCCGCAGAUGGCCCCCAACCCUUUGCUCCUCUAUGAGGAGGUCAGUGUGAAGAAUUCUAUUCCGAAGAUUUUUAAAAGUACGGCUUACAUUUUGGAAAGAAACUGAUAGUAUUAUCAGCUUGUCAUAGUUCACAUUUAGAAUAAAAUGUAAUACGAUUUGAAGAAACAAAUUUAAUCCAAUCAAUUAUCAAAUGAAAACCAGCAGAAACGCAAAAUUUUUGUUUCAGUGAUGCUGGUUGAAAUGGUGAUCUUCAACCAGGAAGAGGCCAACUUGAACACCUUCAACCCGCAGAUGGCCCCCAACCCUUUGCUCCGCUAUGACGUGGUUAGUGUGAAGAAUUAUAUUCCGAAGAUUUUUUUAAAAAGUACGGCUUUACAUUUUUGGAAAAGAAACUGAUAGUAUUAUCAGCUUGUCAUAGUUCACAUUUAGAAUAAAAUGUAAUACGAUUUGAAGAAACAAAUUUAAUCCAAUCAAUUAUCAAAUGAAAACCAGCAGAAACGCAAAAUUUUUGUUUCAGUGAUGCUGGUUGAAAUGGUGAUCUUCAACCAGGAAGAGGCCAACUUGAACACCUUCAACCCGCAGAUGGCCCCCAACCCUUUGCUCCGCUAUGACGUGGUUAGUGUGAAGAAUUAAAUUCCGAAGAUUUUUAAAAGUACGGCUUACAUUUUGGAAAGAAACUGAUAGUAUUAUCAGCUUGUCAUAGUUCACAUUUAGAAUAAAAUGUAAUACGAUUUGAAGAAACAAAUUUAAUCCAAUCAAUUAUCAAAUGAAAAACCAGCAGAAACGCAAAAUUUUUGUUUCAGUGAUGCUGGUUGAAAUGGUGAUCUUCAACCAGGAAGAGGCCAACUUGAACACCUUCAACCCGCAGAUGGCCCCCCAACCCUUUGCUCCGCUAUGA